AUGUCUUCUUAUAGCAUUGCUACUCAUAUUGGUACCAGUGCUGGUGCUGGUACUGGUGCCGCUGCCAACAAUAGCAGUGUCAACAACAAUAAGAAACAGAAAAUGUCUCCUCCCUUUGAUUCUCUUCUGUGGGCUGACGGUGGAGAUCUUUUGAUCCAUGGCAUUCUCCCAUUUGUUGGUGUUGGACAGUAUGCUUUUGUAGCAGCUGUCAACAAGAAGAUGAAUAAACUACACAAAGACUACUGCAAAAUUGGGCUCAAGAAAAUCCAAGAACAUGCAGAGUACUGGCUAAAGGACAAUUCCAGCAACAAAGAACCUGACCAUUGGUAUGUUUGUAAUGCAAUUGCCACAGUUGGAAAUCUGACUGUCAUGAAAUGGGCACAACAACAACGAUUCGCAUGGGAUGAGAUGACAUGCUGGCAUGCUGCUAAAAAUGGACAUUUGGAAAUGCUCCAAUGGUUAAGAGAGAAUGGCUGUCCUUGGGAUAAGUGGACAUGUACUAAACCUGCUGAAAAUGGACAUUUGGAGAUUUUAAAGUGGGCUUGUGCAAAUGGUUGUCCAUGGAAUGCAGAGACAUGCACUAAAGCUGCUGCAGGUGGACAUUUGGAACUUUUGAAGUGGGUUCGUGAAAAUGGUUGUCCAUGGAAUGCAGAGACAUGCGCUGAAGCUGCUGCAGGUGGACAUUUGGAAGUUCUGAAGUGGGCUCGUGCAAAUGGUUGUACUUGGGAUGAGAUGACAUGCUGGCAUGCUGUUGUAGGUGGCCAUUUGGAAAUUUUAAAGUGGGCUCGUGAAAAUCGUUGUCCGUGGAGUUUUGCGACAUAUCAUGCUGCCUGCAGGUAUGACCAAAGCGACGUGAUCCAGUGGCUGCGUGAUAAUGGCUGCCCUGGGUUUCUUGAUGAAGGACACUAA